UUAAAAAUAAAUUGAGACGUGUUCCUGUACAGGAACUUACAGAAGUACUUUGAGCUGUUUAAUUAUUUAUCUUUCUUCUGCUUCUUAGCAGCGCAUACAGCAAUUGUUUAGUUCCUAUACAGUGUGGCUUGCAGGUCUUGAGGCUGAACCUGGGAAUCAUGAAGCUGGAGGUACCAGAAACCUUUGAGGAUGUUGCUGUCAUGUUUUCAGAUGAAGAAUGGGCAAUGCUGAAUAAACAGGAGAAAGAACUAUACCAGGAAGUGAUGGUACAGAACUUUGAGAACAUGAUUUCCAUAGGAUGUCACAUCCCAGUGGAGCACCUUUGGAUGUUUGUCAGGAAAGGUGAGAAAACUCUAGCUGAUGACACUGAAGGAAGAUUGGUGAAGAAAAAACAAUGUUGCAACAUUGUUAUCAACAGGAAUGCAGAUUUCACUGAGAUACAGAGUCUUCAACCAUUCCAUGGGAAAUGCCAUGAUGAUGAACAUAACAAAGCUCUCCUAAAUAAGAUGUUAAUGAGAAGAAAAGGCAAAGUGAAGUUUAAAACCAGAAAUGUUAACUAUAAGGAAAAAAAUAAGUUUAUCAAUAAAAUUGAAAUGCAUCUGAAAGGUCAUGGUGGGGAAAGGCUGCGCUGUCAGCUUAAAAGUAGCAGUUUGAUGUUUCAUAGUAGCAGCCAGUCUGAUAAAUUAAUUCACAGUAUGAAAAAACAUAAUAAUAACUUGGCAACAAAAGAGCAAAUAUGCAACAGAAAGAAACUGCAUAACUGUGCCCCACAUGAAAAAGAUUUUAAAGGUAAAAGAAGUUUGGAAGUACAUGAAGGUGUUUGUACAAGACGUACUACUUCUGACAAGGGCAAUAUAGAGAAGUCAAGGAAGGAAAAGCAUCACUUGUUCCACAUUGACCGAGGACCAGACAACCAUACGAAAUGUGACCAGGCUUUUCCACAUAAAGGUCUACCAGUACAUGAGAGCAACAGCACUUGGCAGAAAUCUGUCAAAUGCGGUAUAUGUGAGAAGACUUUAUCUGAAAACAGCAUGAUAAAUCAUGAGAAAAUCCACACUGGAUAUAAACCCUAUAAAUGCAACUUUUGUGAUAAAAGUUUUAAACGAAAAUACAGAAUGAUAUGUCAUGAGAAUAUCCACACUGGUCAGAAACCAUAUAAAUGCACUAUAUGUGACAAGAGUUUUAAUUGUAAAGGCAACAUGAUGUGUCAUGAGACUAUCCACACUGGGAAGAAACCCUAUAAAUGUGCCACAUGUGACAAGGGUUUUAGAACUAAACAGCAAUUGAUAAGACAUCAGCAUGUUCACACUGGCCAGAAACCCUAUAAAUGUGCCACAUGUGACAAAGGUUUUGUAAGUAAGCCACAUCUGACAAGGCAUCAGAAUAUUCACACUGACCAGAAGCCAUAUACAUGUCCCACAUGUGACAAGGGCUUUAUAAGUAAGCAUAACCUGGCAGUGCAUGAGUAUGUGCAUACUGGGCAGAAACCCUAUAAAUGUGCCACGUGUGACAAGAGUUUUACAACUAAGGGAUCACUGGUAAGGCAUCAGAUUGUUCACACUGGCCAGAAACCCUAUAAAUGUCCUACAUGUGACAAGGGUUUUGCAAGAAAGCACCAUCUGACAGAGCAUCAGAAUGUUCACACCAACCAGAAACCCUAUAAAUGUGCCACGUGUGAUAAGGGUUUUACAACUAAGAGAACACUGGUAAGUCAUCAGAUUGUUCACACUGGCCACACCUUGUUGCUGGUUACAGCGCAGUAAUGGCAGAGGGACUGUGUACUGAAAGGCAUAAUAAUGUGGCAAGACUGUUACACUGGAGAU